AUCAUCAGCGACAACUUCGCUCCUGCUCAGUACCCAAGCUUCUACUAGUUGCCAUUCGCAACGUCCUAACUGCAUCGACCACUCAAUCCAUCCACAAACAAUACUCGACUACCUUUACAAUCUUAUCCCCACACUCACUCAUUCGGUCCCUUCUUUUUAUUCAUAAUAAUACUAACGGGCUCCUCGAUAACAGGAGCUUUUUAUCAAAAUGCCUUCUGCCACUGGGUCAAAUUGGGAGAAGUAUAAGAAGAACUUUGCCGAUGACGAAAUAGAAGAGAAGAAGAUUACGCCUCUAUCAGACGAAGAUAUCCAAGUUCUGAAGACCUACGGCGCGGCACCCUACGGUACGGCGAUCAAGAACCUAGAGAAACAGAUCAAAGAGAAACAGCAGGCUGUGGAUGAGAAGAUCGGCGUCAAAGAAUCCGACACAGGACUCGCACCACCUCAUCUAUGGGAUGUCGCCGCCGACCGUCAACGCAUGUCCGAAGAGCAACCACUUCAGGUAGCGCGGUGCACUAAGAUCAUUGUGGACGAAGACGACGAGACGAAGAGCAAAUAUGUCAUCAACGUAAAACAAAUUGCGAAGUUUGUUGUUCAGCUAGGAGAGCGCGUAUCCCCCACUGACAUCGAGGAGGGCAUGCGUGUAGGUGUCGACCGAAAUAAAUACCAGAUCCUCAUGCCUCUACCACCCAAGAUCGAUGCGAGCGUUACCAUGAUGACGGUUGAGGAAAAGCCGGAUGUUACAUAUGGCGAUGUCGGUGGCUGCAAGGAACAAGUUGAGAAGCUAAGAGAAGUCGUCGAGAUGCCGCUGUUAUCGCCCGAACGAUUCGUUAAUCUUGGUAUUGAUCCUCCGAAGGGUGUUCUGCUAUAUGGACCCCCUGGUACCGGAAAGACUCUCUGCGCCCGAGCUGUCGCAAACAGAACGGAUGCUACAUUCAUCCGAGUUAUUGGUAGCGAAUUGGUACAGAAGUAUGUUGGUGAAGGAGCUAGAAUGGUGCGAGAACUCUUUGAGAUGGCUCGAACCAAGAAAGCUUGCAUCAUCUUCUUCGACGAAAUCGAUGCUGUUGGUGGUGCUCGAUUUGACGACGGAGCUGGUGGAGACAAUGAGGUCCAGCGAACUAUGCUGGAAUUAAUUACUCAACUAGAUGGUUUCGACGCUCGUGGAAACAUCAAAGUUAUGUUCGCAACCAACAGGCCCUCCACGUUAGACCCUGCACUCAUGAGGCCCGGUCGUAUCGACCGCAAGAUCGAGUUUUCGCUGCCAGAUCUCGAGGGACGAGCAAACAUUCUGCGAAUCCACGCCAAGAGCAUGUCAGUGGAGCGUGAUAUCCGAUGGGAGUUGAUCUCCCGUCUCUGCCCCAACGCUACUGGUGCCGAGCUACGCAGUGUCUGUACAGAGGCCGGCAUGUUCGCCAUCCGAGCGAGGAGGAAGGUCGCCUCGGAGAAGGACUUCUUAAGUGCCGUGGACAAGGUCAUCAAGGGUAACUUGAAAUUCAACUCGACCGCCACGUACAUGCAAUACAAUUAGAGAGCGAACCUACUUGGACCGUAGGGUCUGAAAUGUACGAGUAAAUAGAUAAUGGGACAAUUGGCUGCACUGGAUCUGUGUAUUCCGAGGUAGCUAACUGCUAACCAACCAACAAGCAUAGCUAAUAGAGCGCUACAGCGGCGUUCUUGCUUUGUAUCAUGCCCUGGGUAUCAUUGAGACCGAACACCUGUAAUAGGUGUAUGCGAUUUCUGUCGAGCAAGGCUCUUCAGAUAGUAUCUACAUAAUGCUCUUCCCUAUAAUAUGUUUCAUCGUGUCCAUUCACUGGUAUUACAAGCUACCUUUAUCAUAGGUCCUA